GGACCCGCGCGGCGGAGCUGUCAGCUGAGCCUCCUGCAGCACCGAGCAGCUCGACACAGACAACCGGAAGGCACGAAAGUCAUUUUGAGAGGGCAGCAUGAAUCGCUUCAAGACAUCCAAAUUUAAAAACACCACUCCAAAAGUUGCCAAGAAAGAUGGAUGGAUCAACAAUGUCCGUGCUGGCUCCUUUUCCUGCCAGGGAAACCACAUUAAAGCAAGCUCCAAGCUGGUGGCUUUCAAUACUGAGCAGGCUGGUGGUGGUAUGGUGGGCCUGACUUCAGUCAAUCCUGCUUCAAACGGCCAGUGGGCAGUCACCCAGAUUUCCUGUCAUUCUGAUCUGGUGACUGAUAUGGACUUUUCUCCUUUUGAUGAAAGUCUCCUGGCAACCUGCUCUGUAGAUGAAACGGUGAAGCUGUGGCGUUUGUGUGACCCAGAGCAGGAGCAGCCCAGCAGUCCAGAAGUGAUCCUAAAUCCAGGCCAAGGCAGAUUGGAAGUGGUGCACUUCCACCCCACCUCAUCGGGCUUGCUGGCUGUCGGCACUUCAAAGUCUCCUCUGAUUUGGGAUACCAGCCGCAAGGAUGCACCGCUGGCAGCUUUGGAGCAGCACGGGGACCAGAUGCAGAGUCUGAGCUGGAAACAGGACGGGUCCCUGCUGGCAUCGUCCUGCAAGGACAAGAUGCUGCGAGUGUUUGACCCUAGAGCCCAGCUGACACCUGUCCAGAGUGCCAAGAGCCUUCAGAGCAACAAGGAUUCUCGCAUCAUGUGGGCCAAAGAUGACCUGUUAGUGACCACCGGCUUUGAUACGAUGCGUAGCCGGGAAGUUAGACUUUGGGACAGCAGGAAGCUGAACUCUUCAAUCGGCUCGGUGUCACUCGGUACUUCGAGUGGGAUGCUGAUACCACUGUUUGAUGAAGACACUGCACUGCUCCUACUCACUGGCAUGGGAGAGGCUGUGAUCGAUUGCUUUGAACUUUCUUCAUCGGAGCCUUUCUUCACUCAAGUGAGCCACUGUCUAACGGAUGCCUCAACACGAGGGGUUGCCAUGGUACCCAAGCACGCGCUGGAUGUCAUGUCCUGCGAAGUGAUGCGUGUGCUUCAGCUGACAGACAGCUGCAUUGUGCCAGUCAGCUACCAAGUCCCUCGGAAGACUUCAGGAAAAGAGUUUCAUGAAGAUCUUUACCCAGAUACAGUGGGAGCAACUCCAGCCAUGUCUGCUGAAGAGUGGUGGCAGGGCGGGAACAAGCAGGUGGAUAAAGUCAGCCUGAACCCAGACAAGCGGCCCAAACCACUGGCAAAGCUGGCACCUGCGAAGAAGAAACUGGCCAGUGAAGGGAGUAAAGAUGAUCCCCCUCGUGGCUGCUCAACCUCCAGUAGUCCAGUGAGCACCCCCAGCAGCAGCGCUGCCCCAUCCCGUUCUCCCUCCUCCACCUCCAGUCUCUCCUCAGGUUUCGUCCCCAGUCCGAGUCCUAGCCAGGGCAUCAAGGCCAUCCAAAACCUGCUGGGACCAACGUCAAAGUUUCGCCAUAUCCAGGGCACCGUGAUGCACCGGGACACGCAUAUCACCAACAUACGGAACCUCAACCUAACAACACCCGGCGAGUGCGACGGCUUCUGUGUCAACCGCCAGCGUGUGGCGGUGCCACUUUCCAUCUCAGGAGGCCAGAUUGCCAUAUAUGAGCGCUCUCGGCCAGGCCGGCAGCCAGACUCAGACCUGCCCACCAUCCAAAACUCUGUCAAUGUGGCUGAUUUUUCUUGGGACCCGUUUGAUACACACAGACUCGCUGUUGCUGGAGAUGAUGCUAAGAUCCGGCUGUGGCGGGUCCCGGAGGGCGGGUUGAAAGAGACUUUAACUGAACCUGAACUCAUCUUGCGAGGUCACACUGAGAAGAUCUACUCAGUUAGGUUCCACCCUCUGGCCAGUGGGAUUCUGGUGUCUUCAUCCUAUGAUCUCACAGUCAGAUUGUGGAACCUGGACAGUGGAGAACAGGUCAAACGUCUCACUGGACAUGAGGACCAGGUCUUUGGGAUGGCCUGGAGCCCAGAUGGCAAGCUCCUGGCCACAGUUUGCAAGGAUGGGAAAGUUCGGAUUUAUGACCCUCGCAAGUCCGCUGAACCUGUGCAAGAGGGUCCAGGUCCUGAGGGCCACAGGGGAGCUCGUGUGGUGUGGGUGUGUGACGGCAAGUACCUGUUGGUGUCAGGAUUUGACAGUCGCAGUGAAAGAGGACUGUACCUGUACUCUGCGGGCUCCCUGUCCGCUGGGACCGUAGCCAGCACCCCAGUAAACGUCUCCCCCUCUACACUGAUCCCUCACUACGACCCUGACACCGGCGUUGUCAUUCUCACUGGAAAAGGGGACACCAGAGUGUACAUUUAUGAGCUGGUCCCUGAGGAGCCAUACUUUGUUGAAUGCAGCAGUUUUAACUCCCCUGAGCCUCAUAAGGGAUUGGCCUUUUUGCCUAAGACAGAGUGCAACGUGCGUGAUGUGGAGAUAGCUGUGGCGCUGAUGCUGACCAAAACAACCGUAGAGCCAGUGGCUUUCAGAGUGCCCCGGGUCAAAAAAGAGUUCUUCCAGGAUGACGUGUAUCCUGACACAGAGGUGUGGUGGGAACGCGCACUGACCGCCUCGGCCUGGCUCUCCGGCUCUGACGGCCAACACAAGAAGAUCAGCGUGAAGCCUAAAGACAUGACGCCAGUGAGUGAGGCCCCUAAAGAGGCUCCAGUGAGGAAAUACCUGCCUUCCUCUGUUUACUUAGAGGAAAAAACUGAUGAGCAGAAAAAAGAGGAGCUGCUGACCGCUAUGGUGGCUAAGCUGGGGAACAUGGACGACCCGCUGCCGCAGGAAUCCUUCCAGGGGGUCGACGAAGACGAAUGGGAUGAUUAAGGAGGACAUGAUCUUUGGUUGAGUCAUGGUGCCAACAGCUCAGCGCCAUGUUGCCAUUCGUGUCUGUGAACGUGUACAUCCUCCCGGUUUUAUCAGCAAGAACUUGAGCCUAAUGAACAUGUAAAAGCACAAUGUGAAAAUCCUCAAUCACAAUGAUGUCUUUUUAUGCCCUCUGAUUUCAUUACUGAUUGUCGAGGUUUCAGGAAUCAAAUCUGGCUGUCUGGGAUUAUUUUAACAUCAUAGUGUGUGUGUGUGGGCGGGGUCGGUGUGUGUUUUAAAUGUAUACACCAUUGUGAGAAAAAUCUGACUAAUUCUCAGUACAACAUUAAUAGUAGUUAAUAGUCAAACAUAUCUGGUCGUUUUUGAAUAUGCAUGACUAAAAUCACAGACCAUCCCAGCAAUAAUAUUUCUGCUUUAUUCUGCUUUAUUCUUCAUUCUUUAUUCUUGUUUUAUUUUACUCCAGUUUACACUGACAACAAAAGUCCCAUCUGAGUAUUUUAACUUUGCAUCUCUUGCUCUGUGGCGUGUGGUUGUGGUUUCACACUGGUGCAUCCUGAAAUCAAAGCAAGACUGGCUGCAUUUAAGAUAUGAGGAUACCAUGCUGUGAACUGUCGUCUGCAAAGUUACAUUUGCACAUUUACUUCCACAGUGGACCGCUGUUUCUAAAAAUGUAACAUGCCACAAAAAAAAGAAAGAAAGAGAGUGAAUGAUGUGUUUGAAAAUGAUUCAAAUGAUUUAGAAACAGAACAACCUUGUCUUCCACUUCCGUGAGACAGAGCAUCUAAAAUGACUGUAUCUUGCUACUGUAAUGUGUUCUGAUGUCUUGGUCUGCAUGGCUGAAAAACAAAACUGUUAAGUUUAAGCAGCAACAAAAAACCAGGUUAAAACAGGGUCACCAGUAUUCAUGUUUGGCCAUGAACUGGGAUUUCUAAACACAAACAGUAUGCUCAGUUCUCUUUUUUAAAGCCAAUAUGAGACUAAAAUGCCAUUUUGAAAUAAUGUUUUACUGUAUUUGUACCAGUUUUUAUUUAGUUUGUUUCUCCAUCCAGGAACAUAACUUGGGGUCAAAGAUGUUUUAAAAAAAAUUUCUUUAUGCAUUUAAAGCCAAACUAUCUGUGUCUUGAUAUGUUAGAGGGGCCUUUUUAUACUAUGAGUUUUCUUUUUUCAUUUGUUUACUGGCCAGUUUAUGACUUAUGUUGGUGUUGAGGCGGUAUUAUGGGUAGUCCUCACUAAAUGGCAAAUUUUUCUGAUCUAACUUGAACUGUUAGUACGUUUUCACGGUAUUAAUUAAACAGCAUAGUAUUAAUAGUUUACAACAAAGCCAUUAACAGCCAUAGUGUAGUCUACUCAGGGCUACAGUUAUCUGGGAUUAUACAGUUAAGUCUUAAAUUAUCCGGGUUUGAUCCAAAUUGUCCAAUUGUCAGCGCCCCCUGGCGGACGGAGCGGAUUCACCUUUUUAUUGAUGAGGUUGUAGUAUUGAAUGUCUGGCAGGUGUCAUCAAGGAUUAUUUGAUGUUUACAGUACAUGCUUGUGAUUAAAAAAAAUGCCAUUCCUUGUUGUAUUUGGACUCAAUUAACUUGUCAUCAUUGUACUAAAAAUUAAAUUUUAUACAGUGUGUAAAGCUUUGGUGUUUUCUUCCUGUCUGUAGAGUUUAGUGGACUUUUUCACUGUUGUCUUGCAAUAAACACCUUUUCAACUAA